AUGGCCAAACGUGUGGAGACAGGCCAGCGAGCCUCAGCCCACACUUCACCCUCUGAUCAGAGACCGCCGGUUUCCCAGCCCCCACAGCCUGGGACUCCCUUCAGUGUCCCCCAACCAAAUACUGACACCCUACCUCAAUGGGGGGAGCACCUGCAGGCAUCCCAGCCUCCACGGCCUGGGACUCCCUUCAGUGUCCCCCAACUGAAUACUGACACCCUACCCCAAUGGGGGGAGCACCUGCAGGCUUCCCAGCCUCCACGGCCUGGGACUCCCUUCAAUGUCCCCCCACCAGAUUCUAACACCCUAUCUCAAUGCGGGAAGCACACGACCAGCAGAGACCUGAGGGACUUUGUUCCUCUGGGGCUCCAUAGACCAACUCGGUCAGAGUUCGGGUGCCCAAAGCCCUAUGAUGACCAGAAAUUUCAAAAACCUGAUGCUUAUGUUACAGAAGAGCUACAGAAACUCAAAGCUUGUAUAAUGGCUUCAGCCAAUAAGAGGACCCUAGGCCCUCUGAGGGAUCUGAAAGAGAAAAAGAAAUGGACAGUUCCACUUCCUCUGAGGGUUCCUGAGGGCAUGAGUAACCCACUAACCAGGGAUACCAGACCAUCUGUUUUACAGCCUGCCACCAGAAAAAGAGUGGCCUCAACUUCUGUGCCCAUACCUGGGAAGGUGAAAAGAAGCCGGCCUAUGUCUACUGGGUUUGAAGAACCUAUGGAUGAUGACCAGUUAGGCACCAGAGUGCCUGCAACAUCUACAAAACACAGUACUAGAGAUGCCAGUGAAAAAUUCAGAGAUCACACAGUGCCUGGGCCAUCUUCUGCUGACUUUUCUGUUGGUCAACGUGGACAGGUAAUUUCCCCACAUAUUCAAGUUUCUCUUCACCCUUCCCUAACUAAACAAGGAGAUCUGGGAUCUUCCACUUCUCCUCAAGAUGUUCAGAGACUGUCCCUAUCCCCCCAAGAUGUUCUGGAGCAAACCAAACGUUUACAAGAGUCUGUGGGACAUUCCACAUCUGUCCAGGCAUCCCAAAGACCUCACACUUGUCCUGAACGGAAAAUCAUUCAUGUCUCCUCUUCCAGAAGGAGUUUCAAAAGUUUAACCCCUACUGUACAUGUCUCUAAUCUUUCCAAUUCUCCUCCAAAGCAUGUUGGACAAGGCCCCUCUGGUCAAGGGGACCUACAGCAGGGCCCAUCAGACAAAGAGGGCCCCAAAUCUUCUUCUCCCGAAGGUAAGAUCAGUGGUGUCUCAAAUUUCCCAAAGGUAUCAAGUCCAACCGCCUCACCCUCUGACCAGAGACUGCUGUUUUCCCAGCCUUCACGGCCUGGAACUCCCUUCAGUGUCCCCCAACCAGAUUCUAACACCCAGCUCAAGGACUUUUGCCAUUUUUAG